CACCCCUUAGGCUCCUAACUUCUAUGACUCACCUGAAGAGUUAAUUAUCCCGGGCUACAAGGGGGUGACAACCUUAGCCCAAAGAUCAACCUCCAAGACUAGGGUUUUUCUCUCGUCUUCAUCGGAUCAUUGUUUGACUGCUUGGAGAUGUCAAAGUCUUGCAAGGGCUUGGCGAUGGAACUAGUUAAGUGUCUAAGUGAAUCCGAUUGUGUUAAGGUUGAGAAGCGAUCGUAUAGGGAAUGCGCAGGAGAGAAGAGCCCCUCUAUACCAAGUGAGUGCGUCGGACUUAGGGAGACUUACUUCAAUUGCAAAAGAGGCCAGCUUGACAUGAGGGCUAGGAUUCGCGGUAACAAGGGCUAUUGAAUAUGAGCUCGCUGAUAUUGGGAUUUAUAUUUUGGAACUGAUUUACUCUGUUUUUAGGACCUAAUUUUCUAUCUCUUUGAGGAAUGUGUUAGUGCUUUUUAUUGUAUUCCACCAUUUGUAAGCAGAUAGUCAUCUGCUCCGGUUUGUUUCUUUCGAAUAAAAGUUCUUUUUUUAUCCCAAAAAUUUUAAAAA